AUGCCUUUCUCCCUGCGCGGCAUCGACGCCAUAACCUUCUCCGUCUUCAGGGCUCUCGGGCUAAAAGUCCUCGUAGCGCCCGUCCUAGGCGAUGAAGCCUGGGACGAGUGGGAGCAGGCAAGGGAAGAGAAGUGGAUGCAGAAGAUAUAUGGCGAUGAGCCGAUGGCGGAGGGGGGUGUAGUGGAGGAGGAAGAGGAGAAUGCUGGGGAUAAGACGAGGGUAGGGAAGAGCUGGCAUAAGAUGAGAAUGGUUAGUGGGGAGGGUGGUGUAGGGUUAAAGGUUGGUGAGGAUCCUACUCCUUUCACAAACUACCACUACCCACUCCACGUGCUCCCCUCCGUAACCUGGCUCAACGAAUCCACUGAAAACUGGGAAAUAGCCAUGGUGAACCUAAAAAAUAUCUCCGCCUCCACCUCCGGCCCAUCCGAAAUAGAAACAGAAAUAGAAACGGAAAUCAUGUGGCAAUACUCACACGCCGCCAUAUUCAUCGAGAUCCCAGCGAGUGAGGAAAGAAAAAAGUAG